UAGGCAGCACUUGGUUUAGGCAAAGUAGAAGGAAAGUUUGAAGUCGGAGGUGUCCUCAAAAGAACAAGGAUGUAAAACAUUUAUGGAAAAAUAGAAUCAGAAGGAGAGGGAUGAUAGAUUUCAUACAAAGGAACGUUUUAUAACCGUCGAAUAUCGAUGUAACACUUCAUUCAGGUGAGUCCCAGCAUGGGCAGCCUCUCAACCUACGGACCGCACUGUCUUUGGUCCACUUGUCAACAUCCUUGCUGUUGGGAGGCUGAGCGGAGGAAUGCUAAAGGGAUCCCGUCGCAGAACGUCCAUUUGCCUUCACGUGAAUGCAUUUCAACACGGGCUGGGACUGGUUCUCCUGUCGAUGAAUUCCCAACACUGUCAGUUGUGGAUGCCUCGCAGUGGACCAAAGGUGUACCAAAACCGCAUGAGAACUUUAGACCAGGUUGCUCGUUGUGCGUGGCCUCUCAUCAGUGCCAAACCUGCCUUGCUUUGGGUUGUCCUCCAGAACAGAAUAGAAAGUUGGAGAGAACAUGUCAGCUUCCACCAUUGGCCUGUGUGGAGUCAACUCAGAGCAAACAGCAGGUGAAGUUAAACACAGCUUGGAUCGAGCCACUGGCUAGUUGCCCUAGCUCCAAUAGUGGUUCAGAUAUGCUUGUAAUGUGGGCCCCCAGUUCUUCAGACCACACAUCUACGAAAAACAGUGGAAGAACUAAAUCCCCUCAUUUGGCAGUGAAGGAGAUUUUCUGUUUGCCGCCCUCCGAGUCGCUGAUCAAAUCCAAUAUGAGGAAGAAGGCAGCAGGUGUGAAGAAGAGGGUGCGCUUCCAGUUGGCCUAUUCCCCAUCCAUGUCUCAGAUGACGGACACAGACACACUGGAGCACUUUGGUGACUUUGGUGCAUGGCAGGACCAUCCGUACUCACUGCUUGACCCACAUGAGCAUGAGCUAGCCCCAAACUCCGGAGUUGUCCAUGAAGCCGAAGAACAAAGAACGGACUCUGCGAAGAAGGGCGACAAAGGCUCAUUUCUGCUCAGAAACAAGCCGGUGGUCUUUCACCACAUUAAAGACAAAAGGUUUCGGACGGUGCCAUGCGAUGCCACCUUACUGUAUAAGCUGGACCCCAAGAAUGUGGAUGAAGACAUUGACUGGAAAAGUCUCAGAGCGCAGGCCUACCUGUGGAAAAAGUACAAUCUCUCCAGCAACAAAUGCAAGAUAACACCUCCAGGGGGCAGCACCACACCCUUGACGCUGCAGCAGAAAAAGCACAUCCGACUCAGUGCCAUUCCCCCGGCUGUAGUGCACGAAAGGAAGCAAGUGUUACUUGGCAAUACCAAUACAGAAAAGACAUGUGAAGUGCCAUCCAUAACCUACAAGCGAACAAGGAAGGGCUCAGCUGGGGACCUCUCUAUUGAAGCCAGUCGAAGCCUCAUCCACCAUGCUGGCGAUGGGACUGCGUGUGUGGCACCUGCAGUGUCAGAGAGUUCUGAUCCUACACCGGAAAAGCUUCAGAUAGAGGCGCCCCCCGCAUGUCAAUCAGAGUGCGAGUGUGACCAAGAACACAGAGAGCUUGACGAUGGCUCCCCUGUGGAGACGGAGAUUCCUGCCGGGCCCGAACCGUCACCGUCGCCGCCAUUGCUGCAUCCAGCUGUUGACACUGCCGAUGCACUGACACUGCCCAGCCUCAGGAAUGAGAAGAGGCUGCAGUGGUCCGACCCGCUGUGUCCCCCCCUGGUCCAUGCUGAGUAUGAGGACAUGGAGCUGAAGUCCCCCUGCUGGGGGCCCACUGCCCCACCACCCAGCCGCCAGCAGAUGCACCCUUCAUCGCAGUGAUGCAGUGAUGCAGUGAUGCACGGUCUGGCAACCUGCAUUCAGGAGCUUUACAAUCCAGUUCCACAUAUUCCGAAUUACCUAAUUUUCACCUCUGUAAAAAUCCGUUUGGACAUGUAAAACCUAGGUCAUUUGGAAUCAGAGGUGUCAAUCCCGGGUUCAGAAAGUAAAAACCCUGCCUCAAAUUUGAUCUAAACAGUUCUUUAUCACCUGUUUAUUGAGCACUCAAGACAGAUAGACCAGCUACAAAUUGGAGUCACCGGUGUUGGAAGGAAACUGUGGCAGGGUUUUUACUUUCUAGACCCGUAAUUGACACCUCUGUUUAGAACAUAUUCCAGAUCUCAUUUGAGACAUAUUCCAAAUGGCCUUGAUUUUCGCCCAUCCAAAUGCCCUAAUUGGACCAGGUGUACGUAGACCAGGUCAUUUGGAAUAUGUGGCACUCGAUUGGGGCAUCUGAAUCCUUGCUGAAGCCCUGACAAACUGCACACACAGUGGUGGUGAUCAUUCUGUGCUGAGGAGGGAGCCGUCUAUUGAUAUGUACUGUAUAUAUUUAUUACAAACAGCAUUGCUGAUGUGAGCACUGUGCCAUCCAUAAAGGUCAAUUGUGAUGUGUAUUUACGCUAAUUAAACUGUAUUUAAGCUAUAAAAUAUUUUUGAUCAAUGUA